AUGCCUGAGACGAUCGAGUUUGCAGAACAUUGUUGGACAGGAAAGGAAACUGCAGACUGCAUAGUCGCAGGUGUGGCUUACAAGAUCUAUUGUCAAAUGAGUGGAAGCGAACACAUCGAUCGAGGAGCCCUUGGAGUGGUGAUCCAGACUGCUUAUAUCGACUGCAUUAAAGUAUCACAACGGAGACGAUUUUAUGGUCACGGUAGUGGUUUUAGAGCGUCAAGACCAGCUUUUUGCGAGAAAAAAAUCCUAGAGCGUUGUAGAUUCAGGUCACGAAUCCAAGAACGAACCGAAAGACAGAAUGCCUGUAAAUAA